AGCCCAUCCAGUUCCACCCCCUGCCAUGGGCAGGGACACCUCCCACUAUCCCAGGCUGCUCCCAGCAGAGCCUGUUCCAGAUGCAGCUCAGAAUCUCCUCACGCUCCCUGGCAGUUGUGCUCCUAAAGCUGAUAUUUAAUAUAGAAUAAAUCAGAUAUUUAAUAUCUGAUCAGUUCUGUGAUUCCAGGUUUCUCUGACUGAUUCUGGCUUUAGGGAGGCUGAGCUGCUUUGUUUGGAAAUCCAAGGGCUGAGUGGUGACACAACCUGGGGCACAGGAAGAGUGAAAUGCGGGGGGAAGAAGGAAAAGACAGGGAAGGCCACAGUUCCAGGACACAGCUGGAGAACGCUGGACGGUGGCACUUGGCGCCAGGGGAGGUACUUCUAACAGGUCAGUGCUGUCAGUGCAAUAAGUAAUUGGCAAUAAAUUAAACAACGUGAAACAGCAGCAAAUGACAAUGAAUGAAAAACAGGAAAUUCCCGGAGCCGAGGCUGUUUUGCCAAUGACAGCCCGAGGAUAUCUGCUCCCUCCAAGGGGAUUCAUCUUCCCUUCAGUGUGGGCUGGUCCAACAUCCCGUGGUUUUGUCUAUUCCCAGUGUCAAGGAUCUUCACAAAAGUCAUGGAAUUGACUGUGAUCUAAUUAACAAUCAGGGAUUGAUGAUUCCCAUCGGGAAGGGCAACAGAUGAACACAGUGCCCUCCCCACACCAGAUGUGUUGGGACUCCCCCCAGGGUGAACGUGAUCGUGCUCUGGGGCAAAGCACAGAAAUCCCAAUUUCUUCCCUCAGAUAUGUGUUUCCAACUGCUGCUCUGGAUUCACCCUGGGAUUUUGCUGCUGCAGACGUGGUUCCGUGUCUGUUUGAAAUCAUGGCUCAGAGUCAGUGCACUUAGGGAUGGGAGCAAUCAAGUACCCCAAAGCUGGGAAAAAGCCCAGGGGAGGAGCACAGCGGGAUGGGAGAAGGGUCAGGGAAGGAGCACCGGGGCUCAGAAGCCCAUGGAAGGAGCAACUGCACCCAAACGUGAUCCCAGCAGGGCAGCUGGAACGGCGUGAGGAAUGGGAUGGCUCCCGGGACUCCCCCGACCCGCACUGGUGGAGGGGUGCGUUCCAACACCCCGGGUGAGACAUUCCCAGAGCUGCCGAUCCCACCUAUCCCGCGGAGCGCAGCAGCCCCUGGAGCUCGGGGCGGCUCUGGCCUUUCCCUCCUGCCCGGAGAUGUCGGACACGGGAACACACAAUGAGAUCAGCCCGCUCCACGCCACUGAAGGACGCAGACUCCACUUCCCUUUCCCUGGGAAGCGAUGCACCGAGCACCGGGUGGGGAUUUCUGCAGCUGGAGGCCGGGACAUGCCAGCGGAUGGGUCAUGCCCUGCAGCUGGAUUUCGGGAUCUGUGUGCUGGAGCUGCAGCUUUCCUGUCCACCCUCACCGCGCCCAGGGAGAGGAAGGGCAGCCCUCAGGGCCAGGCUCCCGGGGGAACAGGAAGCCGAUGGAUGUCUUUUCCCACACGGCGCAGUGUGACCAAUCCCUUCGGGCUGGCGUGGGCUCGGAUCACCAGAGCUGCCGGGCAGCUCAGCCCAGCCCAGCCCAGCCCAGCUCAGCUCAGCCCAGCCCAGCUCAGCUCAGUUCAGUUCAUCAUUCCCGGCUCAGCUCCCUCUCCUGACAGCUCACAGCAGGGUGCCACGUGCUCUUCCGAGCAGAAAACAUUCCCGGGGACACCUAACCAGAGGAGCUGCAAUUUUUUAGGACUGCAAGGGCGGGUUCUUCCAGGGAGACAAAGAGAUCUUGGAUCUGAGGUGAGAUUCCCCUCCCUGCUGCAUCCAGGGAAUGUCCCCAGCACUGGAACCACAGCAGAUGUUUGGGAGAAGCCAAUGUGGCCCCGAGGAAGGAGCAAACACCACAAACCAACCCAGGCAGGGCUGCAGGUCCAGCCCCUCCUGGGUAUUCCCUGCCUUGCAAAUUUUAUGAACUUGGGCCAUCAAUAUUCAUGGCUGCAGGAGCUGAGGCCAUCCAGGCACGCUCCAGGCACUCCUGCCAGGGGCUCUGAGGGACAGCAGGGACAGCAGGGACAGCAGGGACAGCAGGGACACAGGAACCACUCCUGGCCAUUAUCCCAACGCAGCAGCUGAGCUCUGCUGGGCCGGGAGAGCCCAGCGGCCCCACUGCUAACCAGAUACUGCAGAGCUGGCAAGGGAGGAGGGUUGCUGGUGACUGGAGCAUUCGUGCCUGCCCGAGCUCACCCUCUGUCCCCACGGGAUGAGCUUUGCCAAAGCCGGCAUUCCAGAAUGGCUUCGGCACCUACGGUUGGUGGGGAAAAAUCCUUUCUUGGCUUUCCAUGCCUGAUCUCUGGAGUCCUUUGGCUGCACAGAGCUCCUGACUGUGACUGUGCUUCUGAGCUGUCACUGUCCCUCAGGGACCUGCUGCUCACAGGCUGUAAUUUCAAAUCACAGACCCAUGGAAAGCAGGAUUGGGAGGGAUGCUCAGGCGUUAUCCCACCAUCCUGUGCCCUCCGGUGUCAUUGAUGGGCCUUGGUGCCCUUAAAAACCUCCCCUGGAACAGCCAUGUCCUACAGGGGUGAACUCCUCCAGUGCCAGCCUUGGGCAGUCACCACGGUGUCCCAAAUUCUCAUCUAAAUAUUCCCUGCUGUGUUCCAAGACCAGGAGUUCCUGUCCUCUCUCCUCUUGGUAGCAGCAAUGGGAUAACCCCUUCCUCUUUCCAGUAUUGGCAGACCGUGGCUACUGCUCUCCACAGCAUCCCCAGGUGCAAAUUGCCCUGUUUCUUUCAUGUUUUCACAUCAUUCCAGGUGAUUUUUGCAAAACCAUCACAACUGGUCCCAUUCCUGGUUGGAAAGCAGGUGCCCAGCAGGGCUGAUCCAUGGGAGCGCUGGCCUGAAGCAGAACAAAUCCCGUUGGUCUCUGCCUCCCUGUGACCUGUUUCUCUUGGAAAACUCCCACUGGUAACUCCACUUGGGCCUCUCCUCAGGGAGGCUGCCAGAAUUUCACCAAAAUCCCUCAUUCUUUCCCGGAUUGUGCCCCUCACACUUGCAGGGUCUCAUAUUCCAGCAGAGCAUGAAGCUGCUUUGGUGGGGUUUGGUGGGAUUUGCUUUGGACCAGCCCAUGUUGGUUGUUACCUUCACAUGUUCCCCUGCCAGGAUUUUCAGGUGGAUUUUGUUGAUCCAUUCAAUCCUUUCAGGAGGUGAAGUUAAGUUGAGCAGACAGCCCCCCAAAUUCGCCUUUCCCCAUUUUAAAGAUAUUCCUCAUGUUUAUCCUGUUCCUGUUUGGACACUCAGCCUCUUCUCUGUGAGAUCUCAAACCCCUCACUUGCAGCUCCGAGGCCACUUUACCAAAUUCAUUCUGUCUGAGUUAAUCCAACCUGGCCAAUUUGGGGACAUCCAGUGCCUGUGAGGGACCUUUAAUCUUUUCUUACUUCAGCCCCAGUCCCUUUUCGGUGGCAUUUAUUGUGACUCACCUGAUCACAAGUGACCUUUUCCAUGAAGACUGAAACAGAACAAAUCUCUGUGUGCCUACAACCAUGGAGUCAUUUGGGUUGGAAAAGCCCUGGGAGACCACUGAGCCCAACCAUCCCCCAGCACUGCCAAGGUCACCACUGCCCCGUGUUCCCAAGUGCCACAUCCACGGGGCUUUUCAAUCCCUCUGCUGUGGACCUCGGAGCUGGGAAUUCCACUGCCAGAGGGCAGGGCUGGAUGGGAUACUGGGGAGGAAUUGUUCCCU